AUGUGCACAGACCUCACAGAGCGGGCCAACUACAUGAAGACGUUUGUGCUCCGUGCGAAUGCCCACCACAGGCUGAGCUCCGCAGACACGGACUCAGAACGCGAGGCAGCCCUCAGCAAACACAUCAACCCGGAGCUCCCCGCCUUCUACCUGUACCUGUCCACGGCCUUCUGCUUCGACCGCCAGGAAGUGCCCUUGAAGCACUUCGCUGCCUUCUUGUUGAGGCAGUGGAGGGAGGAAUGGGAGCAAGCCCAGGUGCUGACGCGGCUGCAGAGCCAGCGAGGGGAGCGCGUCCGCCUGGGCGGUAUCCCGAGGCCUGACCGAUGCGGCUGGGAGAGCGCCCGGAGGGCCUUGAAGUCCGCCUUGCACAUGGAGAAGAUGGUGAGCCAGGGCCUGCCCAAUCUAUUCCCCCUGGCCACCAUCAAGAACGAUGCCCACCUGUAUGAUUUCCUGGAGCAUCACCACCUGCGCCAGGAUGCGAAGGUCAUGAGAAACUUGGCAGCCAGUAUCAUCAUCAACCCGAGCAAACCGGGGGCCGCGGAAUCCAGCCUGGGGGAGUUACCUCUUUGA